UGGUCUGCGCGCAGAGGCGGGAUAUGGAAGCGAAACGGUCGCCUGGUUGCAUCCUUCCGUGAUGAUGCUGUUUCUGCUCUAGCGUAUUUUUCAUGACCGAUUUUAAUUACGGAUUUUUCGGAGAGCCCCGAAAGGGACUGGACCGACGUAUCAUCUGCAGAAGACACCAAAACAGUGUGGAAAUCAGGGCGAAGGACAGCGCAAAGGGGCCGUCGGGGCCCGGGAUCUUUCCGGCCUGAUGCGGAUGGAUGGUGCGCGGCGGCCCUUAACCUGAGUUAAAGAUAUCGCUUGCGUCUAAAACCGGAUUUGAUUCAUCCUUGUGGUUUCGUUACAAACAAAUCGUCUCCAAAUCCAGAUUGGUGGAGAGACGGAUAAUCGAGCUGGGACUCCCAGUCAUGGGCAACACGCCGGCCGCCAGGAGAGGAAACGAGAUGGAAAGCGUUAAAGAGUUCUUGGCCCUUGCCAGGGAAGACUUCCUCAGGAAAUGGGAGAAUCCCGCUCAGAAUACUGCAGCUCUGGAUCAGUUUGAUUUGCUCAAGACUCUGGGAACAGGCUCGUUUGGCCGUGUGAUGCUCGUAAGGCACCGAGAGAAUAGCCAGCACUACGCUAUGAAGAUUCUCAACAAGCAGAAGGUGGUAAAGUUGAAGCAGAUUGAACACACGCUUAAUGAGAAACGCAUCCUGCAGGCUGUCAGUUUUCCUUUUAUAGUACAACUUGAGUACUCCUUUAAGGACAACACUAAUCUGUACAUGGUGAUGGAGUAUGUUCAGGGAGGAGAGAUGUUUUCACACUUGCGCAGGAUUGGCAGGUUCAGUGAACCUCAUGCUCGGUUUUAUGCAUCUCAGAUAGUUCUGACGUUUGAGUACCUUCAUGCACUGGAUCUCAUCUACAGAGAUCUGAAACCAGAAAACCUCCUCAUCGACCAGCAGGGCUACAUACAGGUGACAGACUUUGGCUUUGCAAAGCGUGUUAAAGGUCGCACAUGGACGCUGUGCGGCACGCCUGAGUACCUGGCCCCGGAGAUCAUCCUGAGUAAAGGUUAUAAUAAAGCAGUGGACUGGUGGGCUCUGGGUGUGCUGGUGUACGAGAUGGCAGCAGGGUAUCCUCCAUUUUUUGCAGAUCAGCCAAUCCACAUCUACGAGAAGAUCGUCUCAGGAAAGGUGCGCUUUCCCUCACACUUCAGUUCAGAUUUAAAGGAGCUCCUGCGCAACCUGCUGCAGGUCGACCUCACCAAGCGCUAUGGCAACCUGAAAAAUGGUGUCAACGACAUCAAAGGCCACAAGUGGUUCUCCACCACUGACUGGAUUGCCAUAUACCAGAAGAGGGUUGAGGCUCCAUUUAUCCCUAAGUGCAGGGGUCCAGGGGACACCAGCAACUUUGAUGACUAUGAGGAAGAGGAGAUCCGAGUGUCCCUCACUGAGAAGUGUUCUAAAGAGUUUGCCGACUUCUAGCGCAGCCAGGCGUGAUGAGCAAGCGAGAAUUAGCAUGAUGGAUGUAUUUUUAUGUGUGUAGAAUCAGUGCAAGCAGCUUAAAGGAGUACAGUGACGAGCCAAAAGGACAGACACCGUUGCCUUUGCCAUCCCGUUUAAUCGCUCACGUUUAUCACAUUUAUUGUUGCUCUUUUACUUCUGUCUACAUGCGGUUCGUCAAAGCGACAGGGACGCAUUCGAUGAGUCCUCACCUCAGGAGAGCUCGACUCCACCCAGCAUCUUCACCACAGACUGUUGCAUAAUAAGUGACAUAUUUUAAAGCUUUCUUUUUAGGCCUGUGUGUUGCUGUACUGGUUUAAUGCAUUGAAAGUAUGAUGGUGAGAAAAAGCCAUGAUUCUAUAAUGUUUAUAGUUGAGUAUAGAGCUUAUUAUUAUUAUUUGUCCCUGUAUCUGCCUGCAUCUCAGCAUUGGACAGUAUCUAAAGUGUCAUGUAUGGAAAAUGUGUCAUGGGCCAGAGCUCGUCGACAGAGCUUGAUGGUAUUUAGUUGAUUAAUGUAUAUGACAAGUCUGCUGAAGUUCAGGAGCAUGUGCACUCCACGCCCUUUAAAACGUGAGGAGGUUACGGAUAACAAAACCUGACAUUACACUUUCAUUUACAUUUUUUUUUUCCUGAAGGGAUUUUUGUUUUUGUUGGUUAACUGCUGUUUCAGUGCUGCUGGAUCAUAUAUCAGGAAUGUUAAUUGUUAAGUUUCAAUGCUUCCGCUCUAUAAGCUGACUCUACAGACACAUUGCCGUGUGUAAAUUCGAAAACUUUUUAUUUGUAUCAGUUGUGAUGUCACAGUCGUCCCACCAUUGGCUAUUUCUGCAAGAUUUCCAUCAAAAAGUGACAUUUUUGCUGUUUUAUGCUGCUUUCACACUUUCACACUGUUACAUUUUAUUUAAUUUGAAAAAAAAAACUGAACACAUCACAUUUUUGUUUUGUUUUUACAUGAUGAUGGGUCAGUAUUGUUUACAGCUGGAACUGAUGGUAUGUGAAUGAAUUAACAUACAGGAAAGUAACUGAUCAGAUAUAGAAGCACCUUUUGUGCUGAUAUGAAAAAAGGGAGUUAGAAAAUAUGCACACAGUAAUCAUAACAAUGUUC